ACCUGCCAGUUCGGAGGAAACAAACUACAAGCCCCAGCAAUCGUAGCAUCCGAGCCAACCCUGCAGGCCAGCCGGGAGCUCCUGCUGCCAAGAAGCAUGGGCUCUCUGGGACCUAGCAUGGUGACCCUGCAGCAGCAGCAGCAGCACCCCAAGGCAGGCAUGCCCGCGGCGGCGGCGGCGGCCGGCGAGCAGCAGCAGGGCGGCGGCGGCGACGGGUUCUUCCGGAUGCCGCUGCACUACCCGCGGUACAAGAGGGCGGACUACGAGGCGAUGCCGGAGUGGCACGUGGACUGCCUGCUGCGCGAGUACGGCCUCCCCGUCGCCGGCGACCUCCGCGCCAAGCGGGAGUUCGCCAUGGGCGCCUUCCUCUGGCCCGACCAGUACUGAUGAUCAUCGCUGCGUUGUCGUUGGCGCCGUCGUCGUCGUCGUCGUCGUCGUCGUCGUCCCGGAUCGUUGAAGCAUGCAUGGAUGGAUCGAGAUUCUCCCCCGAUAUUGAUGAUUCUCGCAGGAGUGAGUAUGAACGUGUUUGUCGUCCCGUGAUCGAAUCUCCGGCGGAACUAUGUUAUCAUCGUGAUGAAAUAAUUAUUUCGCUGAUCUCCCUGAUAUCAGCUCGCGUGCAUCGAACUGUAUGUGGUAAUACUAAGAGAGUUACUAGAGUAUUAUCCCUGAACAGCUAUGUAUGGAAAGAAGUUGCCGUGGUAGUAAUUGUGACUGCAAUAUUCGCAUGUCCGCUGCAUUAAUGUACUAUGCAUGAUGAUUAUUAGUCGACCAAAUUUUGAUUAGGCAAGCCCUGUUUGUUUCUACAUUAACAUAGUUUACGUAAAA